UCGCGUCCCGGAAGAGCCGCCGGAGCUGCGCGAAGUGGGGCGGUGCGCGGCCCGGCGCCCGUCGGGAGCGCGGGCCCGGCCGAGCCGCUCCUCGCGUCGCGCGUUUCGCACUCGCGCGAGGCCGGCCCUCCGGAGCCUGCGCGCCCCCGCGGCCGGCGGCGUCUGCUGCGGCGGCCCCGCGUGCGCGCCCCGCCCCCGCCCCCGCCGGCCUGCUCGCGCUCCGGGCCGGCGGCAUGCCGCCGCCGCCGCCGCCGCCGCCAGGUCGGAGCUCCCCGUGGCCCUGCGCCUCGGGAGCAGCGCCCCCCGAGUGACUUCUGACGCUGCGCGCUCGCCCUUACCUAGAUUCAAGAUGAAUAGUGAUCAAAUUGCACUGGUUGGUCAAGUGUUUGAGUCAUAUGUUUCAGAAUACCAUAAGAACGAGAUUCUCCUAAUCCUGAAGGAAGGAGAUGAAGAUGCUCAUUACCCAGUUGUGGUUAAUGCCAUGACCCUUUUUGAGACCAACAUGGAAAUUGGGGAGUAUUUCAAUGCCUUCCCCAAUGAAGUACUAACUGUGUUUGAUAAUUCACUAAGAAGAUCAGCCAUGACAAUUCUCGAGUCCCUUUCUCAGCCCGAGGGUGUCUCCAUGAAGCAGAAUCUUCAUGCCAGGAUAUCAGGUUUGCCAGUUUGUCCUGAGCUGGUGAGGGAGCACAUCCCUAAAACGAAGGAUGUGGGACACUUUCUAUCUGUCACUGGGACAGUGAUUCGAACAAGUCUGGUGAAGAUCCUGGAGUUUGAGCGGGAUUACAUGUGUAACAAAUGCAAGCAUGUAUUUGCGGUCAAGGCUGACUUUGAGCAGUAUUAUACCUUCUGCCGCCCCUCUGCAUGUCCCAGCUUGGAGAGCUGUGAUUCUUCAAAAUUCACUUGCCUCUCAGACUUGUCUUCAUCUCCAACUAAGUGUAGAGAUUAUCAGGAAAUCAAAAUUCAGGAACAGGUUCAGAGGCUAUCUGUUGGAAGUAUUCCACGAUCCAUGAAGGUUAUCCUAGAAGAUGACUUAGUAGACACUUGCAAAUCUGGUGAUGACCUCACUAUUUAUGGGGUGGUAAUGCAACGCUGGAAGCCCUUUCAGCGAGACGUGCGCUGUGAAGUGGAGAUAGUCCUGAAAGCCAAUUAUGUCCAAGUAAAUAAUGAGCAGUCUGCAGGGAUCGUCAUGGAUGAGGAGGUCCGGAAGGAAUUUGAAGAUUUUUGGGAACACUAUAAGAGUGAUCCCUUUGCAGGAAGGAAUGAAAUACUGGCCAGUUUAUGCCCUCAAGUUUUUGGGAUGUAUCUAGUAAAGCUUGCUGUGGCCAUGGUACUGGCUGGUGGGAUUCAAAGGACUGAUGCUACAGGAACACGAGUCAGAGGUGAAUCUCAUCUUUUAUUGGUUGGGGAUCCUGGCACAGGGAAAUCUCAAUUCCUCAAAUAUGCAGCAAAGAUUACACCCAGAUCGGUGCUCACCACAGGAAUUGGAUCUACUAGCGCAGGUCUGACGGUAACUGCUGUAAAAGACUCCGGAGAAUGGAAUUUGGAGGCCGGGGCAUUAGUGCUUGCAGAUGCGGGCCUUUGCUGUAUCGAUGAGUUUAAUAGCCUCAAAGAGCAUGAUAGAACCAGUAUCCACGAAGCAAUGGAGCAACAAACCAUAAGUGUUGCUAAGGCUGGCCUCGUGUGCAAGCUGAACACAAGGACCACCAUCCUGGCAGCAACUAACCCGAAAGGCCAGUACGACCCGCAGGAGUCCGUGUCUGUGAACAUCGCCCUUGGCAGCCCACUCUUAAGCCGAUUUGACUUAAUCCUGGUUUUGCUUGAUACCAAGAAUGAAGACUGGGAUCGUAUAAUUUCCUCUUUUAUCUUAGAAAACAAAGGUUACCCAAGCAAAUCCGAGAAGCUGUGGAGCAUGGAAAAGAUGAAAACCUACUUCAGCCUCAUUAGGACCCUUCAGCCCUCGCUGUCUGACGUGGGCAAUCAGGUCCUCCUUCGGUACUACCAGAUGCAGAGGCAGAGCGACUCCCGGAACGCUGCCCGGACCACCAUCCGCCUGCUGGAGAGCUUGAUACGAUUAGCAGAAGCUCAUGCUCGCCUUAUGUUUCGUGACACAGUGACUCUGGAAGACGCUAUUACAGUGGUGUCAGUAAUGGAGUCCUCAAUGCAGGGAGGCGCACUGCUGGGAGGUGUGAACGCACUCCACACUUCCUUUCCUGACAACCCUCUGGAGCAGUACCGGAGGCAGUGUGAACUCAUCCUGGAAAAGCUGGAGCUGCACGACCUCCUGAGCGAAGAGCUAAGAAGACUUGAAAGGCUGCAGGAUCAGAGUGUGUCCCAGUCCCAGCCGAGGACAGCAGAGGCGGAGACUACUCCAGGGUCCUGGGAACAUAACCCCGGGGGAGAGCCCACAUUCAGAACGUCAACACAGCAGGAAGCGAAUCGUGGUGUCCCUUCCUCCCCCACCGGAGGCAGUCCCGGGGGAAGCCCACCUCUUGACCCCGCGCCCCACCCGGGGCCUACCAGGUCAGCACGGAGAGAAGAUCCAGCCCAGCACGACAGCAGAGAUGCCGGUUUGGAUUGGUUCGACUCCCUGACAACUCAUCAGAUUGAACGGAAAAACACUGUUUCUGUGUCUCCUGGUCCCAGAACAGCUGAGGGGAGAGUGGCUUUGAAAAACUCCAGCAGCACAUCUCAGGGCAGGGAAGGGAGUGAGCCAGGCCAAAGGAGCCAACUGGAAAUUGGACUGCGUCCAGCACCGGCAGAGACAGGAGCUCCAUUGAGGCCGGAGAGAGUUGAGGGUGAAAAGGGAAAAAAGGCAGCGAGAACUGCUGAGGAGCCGGGCUCCAUGCUGACUCAUCACGUCCCCCGGAAGCUGCACCGGCUGCGCAGGGAGAGGGCCCAGGAGCUGUAUGCGCCUCCACAGCCCACAAGCCCUCCUCAUCCUCCCUCCGUCCCAGUACGGGGCCCAGACAGGAAGCGGCAGAAGGCCCUCCCUCGGGUGGAAGAGCCUGAACCUGAAAGUGGUGAGAGUUCGGGCGCCCCUGUGGCCAGACUAGCAAAAUUUACUUUCAAACACAAGUCAAAGCUGAUCCACUCCCCUGAGGACCACGGCCCUGUGUCUCCUGGCAGAACUGACAUAGCGGUUCGGAGUUCAAAAACCUCCCAGCGUGGAUCGAGAGGAGCAGCAGUGCUGUCGGUGAAGCGUCCAGAAGCGUUGACCUCUGCCUCUGCCUCUGCCUCUGCCUCUGCCUCUGCCUCUGCCUCUGCCUCGGGAAGCGGAGGCUCAGCUCUGCUGCAGGAGAGGGUGCCGGGGGCGUCACAGCCGUCAUCAGGGGAAGACGGAUCAGGAGCGGAGAGGGCACGUGGCCCUGGAGAGAGAGAGACUCGGCCUGAAUUUGAGCUCAGGAACCAGACUGGGCAUUUGCAUCUCACUGGUGAGAGAGAUAGAAAGGAAGGGCUUCCGUGCAGCAAUAGAAGCAGCAAGGUUCAUGCUUGCACGUUAGCCAAGUUGGCCAACUUCUCCUUCACUUCCUCCCCUGAAUCCAAAUCAGCGUCCCUGCCUCCUCCCGAGAGUCAGAACUCGGGCGAGAGAGGCCCAAGCCCACCUCCCUCCACCGUAGCUACAAUGCUUGGCAGGAAAAGGAAAACUUUCCAGUUGGAGGGGUCCCCCGAGAAACCCAGUCUUUCCAAAAAGUCUCUCUUUACUUUACCAGAACUAGAGGAUGAAGCAUUGGAUUUUGAUUGGGAUGAAGAAAUGAGAAAAAAGCCGUAAUCAUGAAAAGCUUGCUGGUCAAAUUUCAUCUUUCCCAACUCGACACAGCACCGUUGGGAUACCUUCACGCUAUUUAUAUAUGUACAGACUACUGGCCAUAUUGAGUGCCAUUCUAAAUACCAGCUCCCCACGCACAUUUUGUCAUUUCAGGUUUAUCUUCAUGAUUCAUCAAGUUGUUUAAUCAUUCUAGGUCUAUGUGGCACCAGCCCUUGGAUCAAAUUGAUUGACAUUGUGCGCCAUUUUGCAGAAUGGAAUACUCGCAUUCCCAAA